CUGCUCAUUACCUUAUAAGAACAGCUAGACGAAAGAAAAAGCAGAGGAAAAAAAAAUGGCAAAAGCAGCAGCUUGUCAUGCUUCUUUCACUUCAUUUUCUUCUUCUUUUCAUAAAUUUUGGACUCCAAGAAAACCCAUAGUAGCAGUUGGUUUUUUGCUUUCUUUUUCACCCAGAGUUCACACUCUAUCUUCAACUUUUCCUUCCCUUUCUAUCAAACCAAAACGACCCAACAACUCUUUUCAAGUGAGAUCUGUGGCUGCUCCUGCAGAAGAUGUUGCAGGGUUUGAAGACAUGGUUUCUGGGACCCAACGUAAGUAUUAUAUGCUAGGUGGCAAGGGAGGUGUAGGAAAGACAAGUUGUGCUGCUUCACUGGCAGUUAAAUUUGCAAAUAAUGGACACCACACUCUGGUGGUUUCAACUGAUCCAGCACAUUCCUUGAGUGAUUCUUUUGCUCAGGAUUUGACUGGAGGAACACUAGUACCAGUUGAAGGACCUGACUUCCCCUUGUUUGCUCUUGAGAUAAACCCAGAGAAGGCUAGGGAAGAAUUUCGAGAUGCAAGUAAGAACAAUGGUGGAACUGGGGUCAAAGAUUUCAUGGAUGGCAUGGGCCUUGGGAUACUUGCAGAACAGUUAGGAGAGCUGAAACUGGGGGAACUACUUGACACGCCACCUCCUGGUUUAGAUGAAGCUAUCGCAAUUUCAAAGGUGAUGCAAUUUCUUGAAUCACCACAAUAUAGUAUGUUUACUCGAAUAGUGUUUGACACUGCACCAACGGGACACACACUGCGACUUUUGUCAUUGCCAGACUUCUUGGAUGCAUCAAUAGGCAAGAUAUUGAAGCUUAGACAGAAGAUAGCUUCAGCCACCUCAGCCAUCAAAUCUGUUUUUGGGCAAGAAGAAACCCGUCAAAAUUCUGCUGACAAGCUGGAGCGUCUGAGGGAGAGGAUGGUAAAAGUGAGAGACCUUUUCCGUGACUCAGAUUCAACAGAGUUUGUCAUAGUCACAAUUCCCACGGUGAUGGCAGUCAAUGAGUCAUCUAGACUACGUGCCUCCUUGGAGAAGGAAAAUGUUCCUGUCAGGCGACUUAUUGUUAAUCAGAUUCUUCCUCCAUCUGCCUCUGACUGCAAGUUUUGUGCAGUGAAAAGAAAGGAUCAGAUGCAUGCCCUUGAUAUGAUUCAAAAUGAUCCAGAGCUAUCCAGCUUGAAGUUAAUCCAGGCACCCCUAGUUGACAUGGAGAUUAGGGGUGUUCCAGCACUUAAAUUUAUGGGUGACAUAGUAUGGAAAUAAGCAACCACUAGUUUCCUCGAAAUACUGGAUUGGGAAUUUUCCGGGACAUGAAGAUGACAGUUCAUAACCAGAAUAUCUUGCAAUACUACAAAUCCAGCAUCAGAGAAGCCAGAGAUUUUGAUAUCAAAACUGCCAGAAGCAUGAAAUAGGAUGAUGGAAGACCCUCCAGCCCUGCACUCUAUAGAGCCAAAACUUUUUUCUUUUUAGCUUUGUCAACAUGGCUUUAUAUUUUUGUAACUUGGAUAUAUAUACAAUAAGACAGCAUAAAGAUAUCAUAAUAUUGCUGAUUGUUGAUUCCAGACAUGCAAUGUGGAUAGCUGGCAUAUAAAAGAUUUUGCCAUA